AUGUGGAAUGAGAGCAUACAAUGCAAGGUGAAACAGGGUAAGCCUCUGGCUUUCUGUUGUGACUGAGAGAUGCUCUCUGUUAAAUGACACAGUGAGAGGUUUGGAAGUGGCGGCAUGUACAUGAGAAUAAAUCACUUUCCCAUUGUGUGUGUGAGAUGGGACAGUGCAAGGCCAGAUGAGAAAGAAGAGCGAUGGAGAGACCAGGAUGCCUUGGUGGCUUAAUGGAGUUGUUUUCUGGGCUCUAUCUGUGGCACUGCCUCUCAAUCUCGCUUACCUAACCCCUAUCUCUGUGGUCUGACUCCUCCGCCUGGCCAUUUUACCUUUUGUCUUCUCUAGGAAACGGAAACCUCCGGAAUGAAUUAGGAUCUUUCUCUUGGCUAAAUGAAUACCAGGUGGAUUUUUCCUUGAUGUGCACUUCAUGUCAGAGGAUACCGCUUUCUCCCCCUCGGGGCAGGAGACAUUUGUGCUGUUGAAAACGUAGUGCUAUUCAAAUGGUACUCGUCAUUUUAUUUGAUGCCUAUUGUUCAUGAACCUUGUUCAACUGCCAACUCCACUAGGACUCUAAAUGCCAUAAGAGUCUCAUUCUAGACAUUUCUUUCCCAUUGACAAUAGAAUAAGCAAUACACUCAAAGAAAUACUCAUCACUUCCCGAUUCAGCAGGCGCCGUCAAUGCAGUGAAUUGCUUGCCAAUAGGUUCAGGUUGAAUAAAAAUGUCUCAAAUUAAAUGUAAACUAUUCCAUUCAGACAAAAGCCACGUGGAAAUAAUGGGUUGAAUGGCUUCCUCUUGGGCCUGACAAUGUGUCUCCUGUCUCUGUUCAUUUUCAGGCCUGUCUGAGUCUGUCAUUGCAGCGGCAUGCUCCCGUGUUGGACAGAGGGUCUUGCAUGUUGACAGGUGAGUAAGAGGGGGGUGAAGUGGGUGGGUAAUGGUAUGGUGGAUUGCACUGGGGAGAGAUGGUGCUCUGGUUAGGCGUUCAUUCUGUGUGAUAAUUAUUUUAGAUACAAAUUCCACACAGCCUAUUUUAAAAGUACAUUUUCACACCAAGUGUACUGGGGUGAAUAUUUUGUACACUUGUUCAGUAAAAUUGAUUCAUUGAAAAGUUACUGGUGCAUGAUUGUGUAUAAGUUAUGAACAACGACAUGAUCCCAAUUCUUACAUAUACUGUAUGCUCAAUCCUACAGGAGAAACUACUAUGCUGGAAACUGGGCCAGUUUCACAUUCAAUGGACUGCUGUCCUGGAUCGAGGAGUACAAAGUGAGUUUAGCUGUGUUUCCUAUUAUCUUUUAAAUGUAGCACAUUAUCACAAAGCAUGACAUUAACUGAUUUAACCAAUGUGACUAACUGGAGGUGUGAAUAUAAAAUGGUCCGCCAGCUUUGACCUUUUUAGAAAAUAAUGUGUUAACUGUGAUUGUCCUCAGGGUUCUUGUGAGAGGCCUGGGUAAUGGCUUCACGAUGUCCUACAGUGCGUGCGUGUUUGUGUGCGUGUGCAAUAUACUGUGUGUCCAUUUGGAUGUCACACAUUUUCUGUAGCUGUAGCCUGUCUCCUGUGUCAGCAGGCUGGCCAGAGUGAGGAGGCUGUACAGGAGGACUGGAAGGAGAAGCUGGAGGAGGGAGAGGAGGCCCUGGCGCUCAGCUCUAUUGACACGUCCAUCUCCAACCUAGAAGUGUUCUGCUAUGCGAGGUACCACUGAAUACAGGUCCACACACACACACAACACACACACACACAUUGGACAAACCUCUGCCCUACCUCUCCAUUAUUCUCAUUUUCAAACAGUCUUCUUGAUGAGGGCUUCAUUUAGAAUAGAGGACUACAGAAAACUCUUCCUACGGGAAUUAGCUUACACAGCACUGCCAAUGGCCAAUAUAGUAUUGUUUCCACACCUACAAACCUGUUUAAUGUCCUCCUAACCUGCUUUGUGUUGUUGGCAGUGAGGAGCCUGAGGAGGAGGUGAAGGAUGCUACGGCUGCAGCCUGGUCUGUCCCUCAAACACCAGAUUCUGAGGGGGAGGUAGAGAGGUGUCUGGUAGAGAGCAGUUCUGUGGAGGAGGAAGAGCCAGUGGUGGCCAGUGAUGAGUCGUCUCCAGCCUCUGGACCUGAUGCUGGGGCAGAGCAGACCCGGCAGGAGGGAGAGAUGCCCAGCCAGGCAGAGGAGACCCAGGGGGAGGAGCAGCAGCAGGCCAGCCCCUCUCCAGCUGAGAGCCAACCAGAGCCCAAGAAAAAGAUCACCUAUACCAAGAUUGUUAAGGAGGGACGGAGGUUCAACAUUGACCUUGUGUCCAAGGUUGGUACAGUAUAUGGAGGUGUUAAAACAUUGAGGGGCAGAUUCAAGUUUAGGAUUCGAUGACUUUGUGACUUGUGUGCUGCAAUGCUCCAAAUUAACAUAUUUUUCCCUGUAACCUAAUGUUUGAUUGAACUUUAAGGCUAGACCAUUUAAAUGAUGCAGCUACAGUGAGGGAAAAAAGUAUUUGAUCCCCUGCUGAUUUUGUACGUUUGCCCACUGACAAAGAAAUGAUCGGUCUAUAAUUUUAAUGGUAGGUUAUUUUGAACAGUGAGAGACAGACAGAAUAACAAAACAAAAAAAAUCUGAAAAACGCCAUGGCAAAAAGUUAGAAAUGAUUUGCAUUUUAAUGAGGAAAUAAGUAUUGACCUCUCUCAAUCAGAAAGAUUUCUGGCUCCCAGGUGUCUUUAAGGUAACGAGUCCUCUGUGCUCAGUGGAGAGCACGGCGCUUGAAACGCCAAGGGUAUAUGGGGGUUCGAUCACGGGACCACCAUGCACAAAAAAUGUAUGCCGCAAUUGACUGUAAGUCGCUUUGGAUAAAAGGUCUGCUAAAUGGAUAUAUAUAAGGGAGCACACUCUUAAAGGGAGUGCUCCUAAUCUCAGUUUGUUACCUGUAUAAAAGACACCUGUCCACAGAAGCAAUCAAUCGAUCAGAUUCCAAACUCUCCACCAUGGCCAAGACCAAAGAGCUCUCCAAGGAUGUCAGGGACAAGAUUGUAGACCUACACAAGGCUGGAAUGGGCUACAAGACCAUCGCCAAGCAGCUUGGUGAGAAGGUGACAACAGUUGGUGCGAUUAUUCGCAAAUGGAAGAAACACAAAAUAACUGUCAAUCUCCCUCGGCCUGGGGCUCCAUGCAAGAUAUCACCUCGUGGAGUUGAGAACGGUGAGGAAUCAGCCCAGAACUACACGGGAGGAUCUUGUCAAUGAUCUCAAGGCAGCUGGGACCAUAGUCACCAAGAAAACAAUUGGUAACAUACUACGCCGUGAAGGACUGAAAUCCUGCAGCGCCCGCAAGGUCCCCCUGCUCAAGAAAGGGCCGUCUGAAGUUUGCCAAUGAACAUCUGAAUGAUUCAGAGGAGAACUGUGUGAAAGUGUUGUGGUCAGAUGAGACCAAAAUCGAGCUCUUUGGCAUCAACUCAACUCGCCGUGUUUGGAAGAGGAGGAAUGCUGCCUAUGACCCCAAGAACACCAUCCCCACCGUCAAACAUGGAGGGGACAGGACAACUUUACCGUCAAAUCUUGGGUGAGAACCUCCUUCCCUCAGCCAGGGCAUUGAAAAUGGGUCGUGGAUGGGUAUUCCAGCAUGACAAUGACCCAAAACACACGGCCAAGGCAACAAAGGAGUGGCUCAAGAAGCAGCACAUUAAGGUCCUGGAGUGGCCUAGCCAGUCUCCAGACCUUAAUCCCAUAGAAAAUCUGUGGAGGGAGCUGAAGGUUCGAGUUGCCAAACGUCAGCCUCGAAACCUUAAUGACUUGGAGAAGAUCUGCAAAGAGGAGUCGAACAAAAUCCCUCCUGAGAUGUGUGCAAACCUUGUGGCCAACUACAAGAAAUGUCUGACCUCUGUGAUUGCCACCAAGUACUAAGUCAUGUUUUGCAGAGGGGUCAAAUACUUAUUUCCCUCAUUAAAAUGCAAAUCAAUUUAUAACAUUUUUGACAUGUGUUUUUCUGGAUUUUUUCAUUGUUAUUCUGUCUCUCACUGUUCAAAUAAAACUACCAUUAAAAUUAUAGACUGAUCAUGUCUUUGUCAGUGGGCAAACAUACAAAAUCAGCAGGGGAUCAAAUACUUUUUUCCCUCACUGUAAAUAUAUUUGAUGCAGGUCCUUCUGUUGCUUAUUCGUUAAAUUGUGACCGUCCCCAGCUCAUGUUCUCUCGUGGCUCACUGGUGGACCUCCUCAUCAAGUCCAACGUCAGCCGAUACGCAGAGUUUAAAAACAUCACCCGCAUCCUUACCUACCGCGACGGGAAGGUGGAACAGGUAGAGCACCACACAUACACACACAGAUGCUGAACUGCCAUGUAAGAUCUGUCAGAUUUAAGUGACUUUCCGAUUAAUAUCAGAUUAAUGCUGUGGCGCAAACAGCUAUUUAAUCUCUGUGAAGAUAAUAUAAAAUGUUGUUCAGCAAUGUGUUUACGUUUGAUUUACUGAGUGGUGGUUAUGACCAUGGGUUUUUAAUUUGAGUACUUCAAUCACUCUGCUCAAGAUAGCUGUCCCAUAUUUGACCCCACUCACUCUCUCACUUCUCCCCUCCCCCCUGCCUUUUUAUUUUUACACCUCCCUCACACAACCUCACCAUUACAUUCUCUCUUUCUCUCUCUCCCUCUCCCUGGCUGUCUGCAGGUGCCCUGUUCCCGGGCUGAUGUUUUUGGCAGCAAGCAGCUGACAGUGGUGGAGAAGAGGAUGCUGAUGAAGUUCCUCACCUUUUGCCUGGACUUUGAGCAGCACCCAGAGGAGUACCAGGGUAGGAACUCUCUCUAUAUAUAUCUAUCUAUCCAUCUAUCCAUCCAUCCAUCCAUCCAUCCAUCCAUCCAUCCAUCCAUCCAUCCAUCCAUCCAUCCUCCAUAUCCAGUCCUCUACCCCCGGUACUCUCUCUCCAGUCCUCUACCCCCGGUGCUCUCUCUCCAGUCCUCUACCCCCGGUGCUCUCUCUCCAGUCCUCUACCCCCGGUGCUCUCUCUCCAGUCUUCUACCCCCGGUGCUCUCUCUCCAGUCCUCUACCCCCGGUGCUCUCUCUCCAGUCCUCUACCCCCGGUGCUCUCUCUCCAGUCCUCUACCCCCGGUGCUCUCUCUCCAGUCCUCUACCCCCGGUGCUCUCUCUCCAGUCAUCUACCCCCGGUGCUCUCUCUCCAGUCAUCUACCCCCGGUGCUCUCUCUCCAGUCCUCUACCCCCGGUGCUCUCUCUCCAGUCCUCUACCCCCGGUGCUCUCUCUCCAGUCCUCUACCCCCGGUGCUCUCUCUCCAGUCCUCUACCCCCGGUGCUCUCUCUCCAGUCCUCUACCCCCGGUGCUCUCUCUCCAGUCCUCUACCCCCGGUGCUCUCUCUCCAGUCCUCUACCCCCGGUGCUCUCUCUCCAGACCUCUACCCCCGGUGCUCUCUCUCCAUUCAUCUACCCCCGGUGCUCUCUCUCCAUUCAUCUACCCCCGGUGCUCUCUCUCCCUAUCCCAGUCAUCUACCCCCGGUGCUCUCUCUCUACCUAUCCCAGUCCUCUACCCCUGGUGCUCUCUUUUCAGUGCUCUCUCUCCCCAUCUCAAACCUCUAUCCCUCACUCCUCUACUUUCUCAGAAUGGCGCUGCGAUGGAUAGUAGCCAUUUUACGGGCUCCUGACCAAUUCUGCUAUUUUGUGGGGGUUUUUUGCGCUGAUCUUAACUUUUUUGUACAUAAUGUUUCCGCCAUUGUUUCCUAUGACCGAAAGUAGCUUCUGGACAUCAGAACAGUGAUCACUAACCUCGAUUUGGAUGAAGAUUUCUACUUCAAAGAGUCAGAGGCGUAGCACAUACUGCUCACCCUGGACCAUGCCAUAAUCACAGAGACUUGAAAAAUAAAAUGGUGGCAUUAGAGAGGCCGACAUACGGGCACCCUGACGAAACUAAGUCGGCGAGUACAUAAACCGCCUCUACCCUCCGUUCUUUUGGCGAACGUACAAUCACUGGAGAACAAACUGGACGAGCGUCGAUCGAGAUGAUCAUAUCAACGGGACCUGAAGAACCUUAAUAUCCUAUGUUUCUCCGUGUGGUGGCUGAACAAGGACAUGGAUCAUAUGCAUCUAGCAGAUUUUUUUCUAUUAAUCUGCAGGACAGAACGGCAGUGUCGGGUAAGCUCAAGGGGAGAGGUGUGUGUCUCUUUGCUAUUUACCACCACAAACCGAUGCUGGCACAAAGACCGCACUGAACGAGGGCCAUAAGCAAACAAGAAAAUGCUCCUCCAGAUGCGGCACUCCUAGUGGCCUGUGAUUUUACUGCAGGAAAACUGAAAUCCGUCAUACCUAAUUUCUACCAACAUGUCACCUGAGGCGAAAAAACUCUAGAUCACCUUUACUCCACACACAGAAACGCAUACAAAGCUCUCCCUCGCCCUCCAUUUGGCAAAUCUGACCAUAAUGCUAUCCUCCUGAUUCCUGCUUACAAGCAAAAACUCAAACAGGAAGUACCAGUGAUGCGCUCAAUACGGAAGCGGUCCGAUGAAUCGGAUGCUAAGCUACAGGACUGUUUCACUAGCACAGACUGGAAUAUGUUCCAGGAUUCAUCCGAUGGCAUUGAGUAGUUUACCACAUCAGUCAUCGGCUUCAUUAAUAAGUGCAUCGACAAUGUCAUCCCCACAGUGAACGUACGUACAUAUCCCAACCAGAAGCCAUAUAUUAUAGGCAACAUCCAAACUGAGCUGGAGCUGCAUCUUUCAAGGAGCGGGACACUAAUCCGGACGCUUAUAAGAUAUCUUGUUACGCCCUUCGACGAACCAUCAAACAGGCAAAGCAUCAAUACAGGACUAUGAUCGAAUCCUACUACACCGGCUCUGACGCUCGUUGGAUGUGGCAGGGCUUGCAAACUAUCACGGAUUACAAAGGGAAACCCAGCCGCGAGCUGCCCAGUGACGCGAGCCUACCAGAGGAGCUAAAUGCCUUCCAUGCUCGCUUCGAGGCAAGCAACACUGAACCAUGCAUGAGAGUACCAGCUGUUCCGGACAACUGUAUGAUCACGCUCUCCGUAGCCGAUGUGAGUAAGAUCUUUAAAAUGCAAUUGUGUUUGUUGUCCGUAGCUUAUGCCUGCCCAUACCAUAACCCCACCACCACCAUGGGGCACUCUGUUCAAAACGUUGACAUCAGCAAACCGCUCGUCCACCGGACUUCAUACACUGUCUGCCAUCUGCCCGGUACAGUUGAAACCGGGAUUCAUCCGUGAAGAGCACACUUCUCCAGCGUGCCAGUGGCCAUCGGAGGUGAGCAUUUGCCCACUGAAGUCGGUUACGACGCCGAACUGCAGUCAGGUCAAGACCCUGGUGAGGACGACGAGCACGCAGAUGAGCUUCCCUGAGACGGUUUCUGACAGUUUGUGCAGAAAUUCUUUGGUUGUGCAAACCCAGUUUCAUCAGCUGUCCGGGUGGCUGGUCUCAGAGGAUCCCACAGGUGAAGAAGCUGGAUGUGGAGGUCCUGGGCUGGCGCGGUUACAUAUGGUCUGCAGUUGUGAGGCCGGUUGGACGUACUGCCAAAUUCUCUAAAACGACAUUGGACACUGCUUAUGGUAGAGAAAUGAACAUUCCGUUAUCUGGCAACAGCUCUGGUGGACAUUCCUGCAGUCAGCAUGCCAAUUGCAUGCUCCCUCAAAUCUUGAGACAUCUGUGGCAUUGUGUUGUGACAAAACUGCACAAUUUUAAAGUGGCCUUUUAUUGUCCCCAACACAAGGUGCACCUGUGUAAUGAUCAUGCUGUUUAAUCAGCUUCUUGUUAUGCCACACCUGUCAGGUGGAUGGAUUAUCUUGACAAAGGAGAAAUGCUCACUAACAGGGAUGUAAACAAAUUUGAUCACAACAUUUUAGAGCUUUUUGUGUGUAUGGACAAUUUCUGGGAUCUUCUAUUUCAGCUCAUGAAACAUGGGACAAACACUUUACACGUUGCAUUUUAUAUUUUUGUUCAGUGUAUUAUUUUUAUAGUUUCUUUCUCUGCAUUGUUGGGAAGGGCCUGUAAGUAAGCAUUUCACUUAGUCUACACCUGUUGUUUACGAAGCAUGUGACAAAUGAAAUGUGGAUCGAUGAAGUUAUUUGAUCCCUCUCCAUUUUAGGCCUCUGUCCCUCACUCCUACCUUCUCUCCGGUGAUAUUCCCUGCUCUCCUCUCCUCUCCAGACUUCUCUGAGCAUUCCUUCUGGGACUUUCUGCAGACCAAGAAGCUGACAGCGAACCUGCAGCAUUUCAUCCUGCACUCCAUUGCCAUGGUGAUCCCGGAGGUGUGCACGGUGGAAGGCCUGAGAGCCACUCAGCACUUCCUGCGUUGUCUGGGGCGCUACGGCAACACGCCCUUCCUGUUCCCCCUCUACGGCCUGGGGGAGAUCCCUCAGUGCUUCUGCAGGUCAGUGGCUCCUCGUGUCUGUGCUUGCCUCACACCACAGGUACAUGAUGAUGAGUCUAUCAUAAGUCUAUCCUACUGUACAUAACAGAAUGUACUCACGACUGUAAAGUCACUGAAUUCCAACUAUGUGUUUGUAUUGGGGGCCAGACCUACAUUUACAUGGUACUAGAGAUGGUAGGUGACCUCUGUGACCUUUGUGAUUAGGGGAAUGGGGAUGAGGCCUGGGUCUGUGCUCUGACUCCGAGGCUCUCUGCUCUGCUCCGCUGGGCUCUGGAUGGCAGCUUUUAACACUGUAGGUCUUCAGGGAGCUCUCCUGUGAAACUGUAGCACUUAGAGCCGAGUGAGCUUCAGGAUGUGUCCCCGACGGCUGCUGUUCAUACUGCUGCAGGGGCCAUGAUGGCUCACAGCCAGGCAAUGGGAGAACAGCUCCCCAAAGGCUGGAUGCCGCUGGAUAUAGCCUAGCCUUGAACACUUGCCUCGGGGUUGUGCAUAUGACUCUGCUUGCCUGCAUGUGUUUCCAUCCUCUGAAUGGGAUAUAUCCACACCAUGGAGGUGUGUUGAGCUGAAUGCAUGGGUGCAAACAUCCCGAGUGGAGCUGCCUUGACCCUGGAGAUGGAAGGUAAUGUUCUGUUGCACAUGCAGUGCUGUCAAAGUCAGUGCCAUGCCACCGAUCUAUCUGGGAUGCAAUCAAUUUGCAUCCUACUAAAUCCAUCAUAGAGAUUGGCUGCACACCUCACGGUUCAGAGACGUAAUAACACAGACCAGGUUUUAACCUUAAAUGAAUCGUAUUGGAAAUGAGGGCAAUAUGUGCUUGAGCUGUGAAAUGCAUUAUUCCGUAAGAAACUGGUUUUGGUUGAAGCAAUUAUUGCAGAAUUGUUGUUGCUUAUUAUAUUAUAAUAAACUAUCCAGAGAUAAUUGUUUCUAUAAUGUUCUAGUAAUUCAUAGACAAUUAUUAAUACAUAGUCUUACUCUUCUACCUUUACCUGUCAGGGUACAUGUAGAGACAUAACUCCAACAUGUAGGAGAUGGAGUUUGGAUUAAUCUUCUACCUGACAUUUUGAAUUUUAAUAAAGCUCCUUUGCUCGAGGCUCAGUCAUUUGCAUAUUUGAUUCCCACUCCUUCCCCCUAAUCUACUCCUCUGACGUUCAGAUAAGCAAGGUAAAGAGCCGACACAUGAUCACACCUGUCUGUCACCACACAACUCUCUCUCUCUCUUAGUGGCAGUGAAUAUCUGUUGUUCAUCCAUACUGAAUUGCCAUGUCUUUUAUUUUUGUUCUACGGGUGAUAAGCGUUGGAAUUGAGCUGUUACUUUAAUCUCCCUAGUUUUCUAUUUUGGAAUCAAAACAGAAUGUCUCACCUUGUGCUCAAACCCUGACUCUGUUGGUCUGUAGUCGAGGUAAUUUUGUUCUCAGUGUCUCCUCCCAAAUAGUGUAGGUAGCUAAGGUUACAAUGGUUGUGUUUUGGAGUGUUAGUACAGUAAAGAAAUGGAUGGAGAGAACAAGAGGAAAGAGUAGAAAAUGUCUGAUGGGUAAGGUAGAGUUUGAAAGGGAUGAAACAAAAGAAGUGGUGCAGGGAGUCAGGAAGCGGGAGAAAAAGUCUUAGAGAGCAGUGUGAGUGAGGGGUGGUAGGGAGGCGGGAUCAUCCAUCAAUGUGAUACCUGCUUGCAGGUGAUGGAUGGAUAGAUGGCUGUGCAAACUCAAUAAUGCUCACUCUCUCAGGUUAUUCACAGAUCAGCGAGCAGCACUGCUAAUAAAGUGAUGAAAUGCUUUUGUGUCCUUGCCUGGAUUAUUCCUCAAGUUUUGACAGGGAAGACUCUUUUUAAUUUCUAAAUAACCUUUGGCACUUUGACUGCAGUAGUCAGUCUUCUGCCUCUGUCCCUCGCACCGUUCUAUGGCGCAUGACCGCGGUGGGGUGGGGUGGGGUGGUAGACCUCCAUUCAUUUAACCUGAAAAAGAAUUUGGCCGUGACACGCUUUGAUUUGCAUGCCGUAUUGCCACGCUCCAAUCAGACAGCAGUCAGAAUGAAACAGAUUGAGAGGAUGGGGAAAUGCAUUAAUUAGUGCAGAUGAUUGUCUGUGGAACGUUCAGUCACAGAUCAUAUUUCCUCUCAUCUUUUUUUUUUCUACUCAUGGAGCAAUAAACAUCUAAUUUAUUCGGAUCCAACAGGAUUUAAUUUUGUGCAGAAGGCCUCGCCAGGCGGCAUGGCGCUUUGUUUUCUUUUAAUUAUUGGCCAACCAUUAGCCCCCCACUCUGCCUCCCAGCUCCCCAGAUUACAGCAGAAUUUUCCAGCAAUGAUCUUGACAGGUAAGUGCUCUGUGUACGCACCGUCAUUUUGUUUGUUUAGCGUGUCCUGGACAUUGAGGAUUUAUUGUCCACAUCUGUGACUGCCGGCAAAACCUUCUGAAAGCCAUCUGAAAUCCUCCCAGGACCCUUUAAAACCUCCCACCCUUUUCUCCUGCUUGGCCGUGCUAGAAGAAUGCAUGCAUCUACAGAACCUGCAGCUUCUCUUCCACCGGGCCUUCUAAGGGUUGAGUCGGGGCUUAGUUCAACACUGGAACAUCUACAGAGUUUCAGGAGACCCAAAGUGAGCUUAAAGCACAUGGGAUUGCUAAGAAGUGCUCCUCAAUACACCCACUCACUCAUACACUUUAGAUUUAUCUCUGAACUGUAAAGGAACUGAAUGGAUCAUUUCUAGUGUUUCUCCCGUCUGAGGAUGAGGUAUGCACAACACUUGCUGGCCCUACAGGUUUGUCAAAGGUUGGGAGAAACAUCCCAGACGUCACUGUCAUCACUGAAAGAUGAGAAGUCUAGCAAACACUGCAGCAUUCAAGACCUGGAGGUGGACACGUCCAGAGUAAACUUCUAAAUACAAUCUCUGCCAUCAUCUAAGGCAUGGGAUUGAGUUGUCAGGAAAAUUAGGACUGCCACCCUUUAAGGCUGUUCUAUUUAUUUCUGCCUUGCUUGAGAUGCUGCCGCUAGAGCCUCAAGCUUAUUUUUGCUUCUUGUUACAUUACCUUUUAAUUACAGAAAUAACUAGUUGGAGGCAGUUGUUUUGUAUAAGAGGGGAGAGGAGGGUUGUCGAAGAUUUAUUUUGGAUGUGACCUUCUCCACACUAGCUGCAGCUGUAAUCAGUGGAAUUAAUAGCAUAAUCAAAUUAUACACAAACUCAUAAAUCAUUGCCGAGCGCACUGUCACGGAGUUCGGCUAUUAAUGGCCCCUAUUGUUUUGCCACCGUAUUAAAAAAUCACGUCCCCUGAUUCCCGCCUUGAUAGGAACUGAAAUGCCAUUUAGAGGCUAUAAAGACCGGGGGCUCAGAGGGGUCCCAGAUUUUCACAACUGUUAAUUUAGCAGCGAUGCAGAGUGAUGUCGCAGGAGCCAAAGGGGGGCGAGUCAGGGCCGGCCGCGCUCCAGCGGCGCCUUUUCAGCCGGGGGAUGGCAUCAUUGGGACAGACAGAGGCUAGUUAAUUAGAGUAAUAUCAGCUUAAACGUCUGUCAGUUAGGGUUAAUGACAUCAAAAGGGGUUCCCUGGCGUCUGAAUGGGGUUCUGUAGAGGGCAUGCGAUGGGCCUGGAUGAUUGCCUGUGAGUUUUUUUUCACAUUUUCUUUAUCCUCUUGAUGCUUUAUUAAGAUGCCAUGUCUGGUAAUUCAUCUAUGGGGCAGGUACAAAUCUUUUUAGGAGCACCGGUGGUGGUAGUCUGUGAGGUAGGCAUGACUUGGUCCCUUCACUCCAUUCCUCCCUCUGUUUCUCUAGACCUGCUCUCCCCAGUCCCUCACAGCUGGCAGCGCUCCCUUAAACCCCAGCCAUCUCUAUCCGUUAUUCCCAGUGUGUUGAAAGAGCCAGUGCCAGGCUCAUAGACCUGUGCUGUCCGUAUGCAGCUGUGUCUGAGCGCACAUUAACCUGGCCAAAGCACACAGUCUGCACUGUGUUCGCCACUGUUUUACUUAAAGGUAAUUAAACCCAAGUAUACUUGGUUUAAAGCAAGGAUCAUCCACAGUCUUUAUAGUGAUUGUAACCACAUUAAGUCGUAUGAGGGGAUUUGAAAAAAGUAACAUUUAUUUGUCAAAUAGACAUUUUGGAAUACUUUAUAGUGUAUUGCAGUGAAUAUCUGUAUGUUUGUCUUCACUGACUGGCCACUGUCUUAAAGGACUUGUCUCUUUGUGUAUUUUUCUCAGGAUGUGUGCUGUGUUUGGAGGGAUCUACUGUCUUCGCCACUCAGUUCAGUGUCUGGUUCUGGACAAGGAGUCCGGCAAGUGAGUAUUCCAUCGCCAAUCCACCACAACACAUACACACGCCAGUCCCCCCCCUCCCCUCCCCCCCUCCACAAUAAAGAAGUGUGAGAACAAAAAAAGUGUGAGAACAAAGCAGUAAAAGAGAUGGAUUUGUGUUCAGGGCUGAGAUAACAAAAAGCUGCCCUGUUCUCUUCAAGCCCCUUUGUUCCUGCCCUCCAAUCAGGGAGAAACCUCGAUUAGAAGUAAUUUGUGUAUGUGGUCCUCCAAAACAAGGAAAGAAGAGGGGGUCCGGAAUAUAGAUACAAAAUUAAUUCUCUGGGAGACGGGAGAACCAACUCCCCCCCCCCCCCACCCCCCCACCCACCUGAAGCAGCCAAGCUCGGAAGACAAAUCACAGGCCCUGCCACUUGGGCUGGCGAUGAGUGAUGCUGGUUUUUCCUCGUGGCCUUACCUCCACUAAUUGAUUUUCAUCUGAAGACAAAAAAGCCCUCUGUUACUGCCUCUUAAAAAAUGAGAGUUCAUCUCCAGUCUCCCUUGAUUAAUCUGCGCUGAUAAUGUGCGUCAGGCCAUACUAGAAAGCUCUUUAAUGAGUUUCAAAGGUAGAUUGUUGUCAUAAACUAGGUUAGAUUAGUUUUUUUUUGGAGGGCUCGAUAUUGAGAUUCUUUCAUCUUGGUGGUGGGUGACCCUGGGGGCCAGGAAUCUUGUGGUGGAGCAGUGUAGUGAGGAGUAAUACUGGAUGCUCUCUCUCUCUCUCUAAUACUCGGCCCAAAGACUAAAACUCCCAGCCCCUGUCUCUACAGCCGGUCUCUGAUGUUGGCCAUUGGGGAAAUACUGCCUUCUGGGACCUCAGACUGGAAAGUGCAGUUCCUUUGAUAAUGUGUCCCUCUUUGUGCAAAAUGCUAAUGGUACUCAAGACUUUGGUUACGGCUCUCUUUUUCAUUUAACGUAUCCACGUGCAGCCGGUUGGGAUUUCCUAGAGUGCUCAUGGUUCAGGUUUUUAUCUACUUAUUACCUAGUGCUCUGUGAAGCCUAAUGUGCCACACACUGACUGGUCCUCUCUAAUUAGAAGCACCAUUUAAGACAUUGAUAUGUGCAAAGUCAAUGGCAAGCGCUAAAGCACAGACCUAAAUCAGAACCAGCAGUGGUCUCUCCUAGUUUUCUGUGUGAAAGGCUUAGGGUUUAAGGUGAGGUUGGAGAUGAUCCAAGACCAUGUCAGUCAGCACUAGAGAGAAGUCCAUAAACAAGCAGUGAGGCAUGGCCGAGAGGGCCGCUCUGCUCUCCACAUGCGCCGUACAGGUGUCCACUCGGCUCCUUUUUCAAGGCAAGCCUAAUACAUCAUCGGUGGAAAAAAGUUUUGAGAAGGUGAAAAAACUGGCAAGGUGUCUGCCAGGCUGAACAAUGAUUUUAAUUUCCCUGGCGUCAUAAAUUACCUCCGUAUGUCUCCUCUUAUUACGUACAUAAAGCUGAAAAGGGUAGAGGGAGAUUAAUAAUGCAGCACCAGCAGUGGAUUAUGUGACCUAACAUCCCAGCUGCCACUCCUCUGUCCUGUCCUGGACCUGCUCCUCUAUACUAUUACAGCAGUCACCUGCACCGCCUGUCUGUCUGCCUGUCUGUCUAUCCUGACUCAACUGACCAGCCACUUCACUCCUGUCACUAUCCAUCCCUUAGUCUUAAUGCGCUUUGAUCAUCGUCACUUCCAACAGAGGAGAACUUGACUGUGACAGUAAUGUACAGUAAGUCAUGGGGGGAGGUAGUUUGUUUCACUUGGCCAAAGUAGAGAGUUCCUUCCAGUUGAGAUGUUUAUCAAAGUCAUAACUAUGCAUGGCUGUGUGUAAGGCUGUGACCAUGAUUGCUAUGGAUAGGCCCUGCAUGCUUUAUGAACACUGUUUAUGAACUACAGUUAUGAUAAAUAAAUCCUGCCGUGGCCUUGUGGGUAGGGGGACGGUAAUCAUUAGAGCUACUAUUAGUGGUUAGUUCGAGGUUUAUGCCCACUGACAAGCUGGACCUUACCUUUUAUGUCUAGGGUCAGGUUAUGUCUGCAGGCGUGUGGAUGACAGAGGAUAUACAUUAGUGUUGAAGCACAUCAUUUACUUUAUCAUCCUAUUUAAGAUUAAAAUAUUAACUUAUUUAUUUAGAUAUAUAGCACUAGUGUAGGUACUUUCCAGGAUGUGCAGUAUUUUUGCUUAAAAACCAGCGGGUGUUCUCUCAGGGAAGUGAAGGUUGUGGCCUGUAUCACGUCUCCUAUAUCCCAUAUCCCACUCCAUUGGCUUAGGAUUGAUUUGAACUGCCAGCUCCCACUGCCAAGCCCCCUCCUAGUAAAUAAAUCUUCAUUUACAUAAACAGUCCAUCCUGCAGUCAAUCUCUCCUAGGUGAGGAUUAUUCGGAGGGGUGCGGUUUGGAGAGGGGUGGGAGCGAGCGUUUUGGAGUGCCACUUGCCUUCUCCUUUAUUGUGAAAGUCCAUUUCAAGGAUGUCACCCCUAGCACAUUAGUCUGGAUAAUGAGCCCUAUAAAGCACAUUUAUAACUCUUGACAUAACAAGCAGACAGAUUCCCCACCGUUCCCCCUCUGUCUGAGAGGAGCAACGCAGGAAGGUCACACUGCUGCUGCCCAGGACUGGGGGCUGAGGGAGCCUCUCCUCCCCUCACCCUGCCUCUCCUAGUCCCACCUCACUCACGCUGGCUAAUGUUUUCGGUUCUGUUUUGUGCUGGGCAUUGUUUGGUCAAAAAAUGAGAACGCAUUCAACUCUGGCUUUUCUUACAAAGAUUAAUGAAUCAGCCCAGGCCAUUUGUAUUUGUUUCGACGGUGGUGCAUUGAGAAGCUGCCAAAACAAUCCUUCGCUUUUGUGCUGGACUAUAGGCUGUAAUGCCUACUGUUUUCCCUUUCUUGACAAAGGGCAUUAAUUAAUGCCAUCUCAUGAAGCAUACAGCUCAGGUCGGUAAAGUUGUUUGGUAUAACAUUGAUGUGUUUAUUUUUGUGUUGGCCCAAAAAAAUUAUGCCGUGGCCGCAGAUCCAACUAAAGGUCCCUUCUGGUCAUGUGUUUAUCUGUUUAUUCUCUGCUUACCCACAGGCUCUGCUCUACUCGUAGAGAACAGCCUACUGUGGCGAAUGGUGCUUGUUCAAUAAAGUUAGAUCAAAGCUGAAUCAAUGUCUGCAAGAUCACAUAAUUAUAGUAUUCUACAUAAGAGAACUGAAUAUAAUAGCAUAGUAUAACGUUACUGUAAUACAAAAACACCACAAUGUUUCUUUAAUGUGGCCAAAACUCAACAGUGUGCACCACUACGCAAAAUACACAGGUACAGUGCCUUGCAAAAGUAUUCAUCCCCUUUGGUGUUUUUCCUAUUUUGUUGCAUUACAACCUGUAAUUUAAAUGGUUUUUAUUUGGAUUUCAUGUAAUGGACAUACACAAAAUAGUCCAAAUUGGUGAAGUGAAAUGUAAAAAAUAACUUGUUUCAAAAAAGUAUAAAAAGUAAAAUGGAAAAGUGGUGCGUGCAUAUGUAUUCACCCCCUUUGCUAUGAAGCCCCUAAAUAAGAUCUGGUGCAACCAAUUACCUUCAGAAGUCACAUAAUUAGUUAAAUAAAGUCCACCUGUGUGCAAUCUAAGUGUCACAUGAUCUGUCACAUGAUCUCAGUGUGUAUAUAUACACCUGUUCUGAAAGGCCCCAGAGUCUGCAACACCACUAAGCAAGGUGCACCACCAAGCAAGCGGCACCAUGAAGACUAAGGAGCUCUCCAAACAGGUCAGGGACAAAGUUGUGGAGAAGUACAGAUCAGGGUUGGGUUAUAAAAAUUUUUUAUCAGAAACUUUGAACAUCCCACGGAGCACCACAACAAACCUGCCAAGAGAGGGCCGCCCACCAAAACUCACGGACCAGGCAAGGAGGGCAUUAAUCAGAGAGGCAACAAAGAGACCAAAGAUGACCCUGAAGGAGCUGCAAAGCUCCACAGCGGAGAUUGGAGGAUCUGUCCAUAGGACCACUUUUAAGCCGUACACUCCACAGAGCUGGGCUUUACAGAAGAGUGGCCAGAAAAAAGCCAUUGCUUAAAGAAAAAAAUAAGCAAACACGUUUGGUAUUUACCAAAAGCCAUGUGGGAGACUCCCCAAACAUAUGGAAGAAGGUAUUCUGGUCAGAUGAGACUAAAAUUGAGCUUUUUGGCCAUCAAGGAAAACGCUAUGUCUGGUGCAAACCCAACACCUCUCAUCACCCCGAGAACACCAGGAUGGUGGUGGCAGCAUCAUGCUGUAGGGAUGUUUUUCAUCGGCAGGGACUGGGAAACUGGAAUUAAAGGAAUGAUGGAUGGCGCUAAAUACAGGAAAAUUCUUGAGGGAAACAAGUUUCAGUCUUCCUGAGAUUUGAGACUGGGACGGAGGUUCACCUUCCAGCAGGACAAUGACCCUAAGCAUACUGCUAAAGCAACACUCAAGUGGUUUAAGGGGAAACAUUUAAAUGUCUUGGAAUGGCAUAGUCAAAGCCCAGACCUCAAUCCAAUUGAGAAUAUGUGGUACGACUUAAAGAUUGCUUUACACCAGCGGAACCCAUCCAACUUGAAGGACCUGGAGCAGUUUUGCCUUGAAGAAUGGCCAAAAAUCCCAGUGGCUAGCUGUGCCAAGCUUAUAGAGACAUACCCCAAGAGACUUGCAGCUGUAAUUGCUGCAAAAGUUGGCUCUACAAAGUAUUGACUUUGGGGGUGGUGAAUAGUUAUGCACGCUCAAGUGUUCUGUUUCUUUGUCUUAUUUCUUGUUUGUUUCACAAAAACAAUUAUUUUGCAUCAUUGGAAGAUAAGUGUUUCCAAUGACAUCAUCAACCAAUUAGCAGGCAAUGCCUACUAAUAAUUGGUUAAAGUCAUGACGCACACCGAUGAUAUCAUUGGUGUUUCCAUCUUUUUUCCCACAAAACAUAGAAACGUGUCAUUUUCACAUAUGUUGAUGUUGUGGUGCUGGAGAUGUCCCUUUAACACCAUAUGCUAAAACAUGUGCUCACUGUACAUCAUUCAAAACAGCAAUGCAGAUGCUGCAUGCACGUUUCACCGGUAAAACUUGAAGAAUUAUCAUUCAUGAUUGACCGUGAGAUAUGUGAAGGGAAGGAAACCAAAGAAAUGUGUGUUUUAAUGUAUAGGUAAAGAAACGCAUGCACAGAACUUGAUCCGAACUGGUGCAGAAGCUUUUGGCCCGUUAGUCCAAGGAAAAAAAGGUUAGGGAAAAGUCCGAUCCGCAGCAACUCAAUGUAUGCAAAUCAAAACCGCAUCCGCAGACUAAAGCAACAUAUUUUCACGAGACCUAUUUUAAAGUAACUGUCCAGUGAAAAUCUCAAUUUUAAAAGGUAAUAUUCAGUUAACUCAGAACCAAAUAAUGUUGUUGACUCAUCCUAUAUUUGUAUUUGUUGCCAAAGCAUAAAUUGGAGACAAAACAAACUUGUAUCUCAAACAGACCGUUAUGUCAUACUCCUGAGGAGGACCAGUAUACGCCCACACCAUUCUGUUGUUGGGGUACGCCCACACUAGUGAUCCGCGGGUUGACUCAUAGCCGUAGUCCCCGCUGUUAUAUCCGUGGGGCGGGUUUAGGGUCAUGAAAUAUUGUUUGGAUGAAGGGCGGGCGGGUUGAAUAAAGAGAAAACAAUGCAUUAAAAAACUAGAAUGUAUAGUUCUAGUGUAUUUCAUAUCUAUGGGCUACAUUGAGGUUUUUUUUAGCCUAAGCUUUAGGGCCUAACUGUAUGCGUGCCAAAUACACGCCAAUCACCAAAUGCUUUUGGGAACUUGGGCAGAACAAGUUAACGUCGACCCACUGAGGCAAAUGGGACAAAAAAGGGAACUGUACAUUUUCUAUAUUUGCGGGUUAGAAUCGGGUGCAAGCCUCAGCUUUUCACUCGCAUACACUGAGCAUACAAAACAUUAGGAACACCUUCCUAAUAUUGAGUUGCACCCCCUUUUUGCCAUCAGAACAGCCUCAAUGUGAUGGCCCAUGUUGACUCCAAUGCAUCCCACAGUUGUGUCAAGUUGGCUGGAUGUCCUUUGGGUGGUGGACCAUUCUUGAUACACACGGGAAACUGUUGAGCAUGAAAAACUCAGCAGCGUUGCAGUUCUUGACACUCAAACCGUUGCGCCUGGCACCUGUUACCAUACCCCGUUCAAAGGCACUUCAAUAUUUUGUCUUGCCCAUUCACCCUCUGAAUGGCACAGAUACACAAUCCAUUUCUCAAUUGUCUCAAGGCUUAAAAAUCCUUCUUUAUCCUGUCUUCUCCCCUUCAUCUACACUGAUUGAAGUGAAUUUUACAAGUGACAUCAAUAAGGGAUCAUAACUUUCACCUGGUCAGUCUAUCAUGGAAAGAGUUUGUACACUCCGUGUAUAGUAGGGCGGUUGUGGAUGGGUUAUUAGCAGGUGUGGGUGACAUACUUAAUGAAAAAAUUAAUUAAUUCAUUUUGAAAAUGUAAAACUAUUUCACUCAUAUUGUAAUUAAUUAUAGGUCAUAUUUCAUAAAAAUCUGGAAACACUGGACAGGUACUUUAAUCUGUUUUUUUCCUUGUUCAAGGUGCAAAGCUGUGAUUGACACUCAUGGUCAGAGAAUCAGCUGCAGUCACUUUGUGGUGGAGGAUGGCUACAUCGGGGCAGACCAGAGGAAGAACACAGAUUCCAGGUGAGAGUGGCUCCCAGUACUCCUCCUCAGCACCUUCUCUACAUAGCCACUGAUACUGGUCUCACUGACAGUUUCAGGCGGCACAUUAAUUUAGUGAGAACAUAGAGGUGACAUUUCUCGUGGAGUCAACUUGGGAGGAGGGUCUCAGUGCCGAUAAGGGGGAUCUUUCCUCAGGUCUUUGUGUGGUAGGACAGUUUCAGUGGUGUCAUGGUGAAAGGGCUGAUUUAUCCCAGACACACUCCACAGACCUGGCUGCAGGUGACUGGGCUCUGCUCUGCUUUGCUCUACUUGCCACACCGCUGCCUGCCUGCCUGCCUCUGUCAAUGGACACCUUGACAUUUACACCACUGACCCCAAUUAGAGCAUGACUAAUGCUCUUAAAGACAGCAGCGCAGAAUGACUGGCCUGGCCGGCCAGAACCAACCCAGUAGCAUGGCCCAGACUGGACUGUCUCACAGCCAAAAUCUACCGCAACAAAAAAAGUGAGAAAGGAAAACAGUGCAGUGGUAAUCGAAUAAUAUUGGUGCUGCUGUUUUUUCUCUUUCUUUACUGUUCUGCCCCCCCCCCCCCCUCUCUCUUUCAUCCAUCCUCUCUCUUUUCACAGGCAGAUAUCCAGAGCGGUUCUCAUCACAGACCGGUCAAUUCUGCCGUCAGAUUCUGAACAGCAGGUAGUACAGUGUUCUUCUCCAUAUGGCUCAUCCCCUAUUCUGUGUCCCAUACAAAGAGAUGUUUUGACAUAUUCAAAGGGAACACACAUUUCCCCCUUACAAGCACAAUAUACAUUUAAAUGCUAUUCAGAUAUCCAGUGUGGCUUAGCGGUAUUCCUGCCGAGCCUGCACUUUUGCUAGUCAUUGUUUUGCACUACAUUGUAUUUUAUGCCCUCUAUCACAUUUGUAUAGAUUCUUGGUCCGCGUCCAAGUUCUCAGCAAAGAAACAACAAAACAUCAAAGCUAAUUUGGGAGAUUAUUACAAUAGUUCUGACGUGCAGCUGUCUACCAUUAAGAUCUCCAAAUAAAUUGCGAAAAAAGUAACCAGUUCAAUGAAAGCCCCCUAAUGCUGUUUGUUGUGACUGGUUGGGAAUUUGAUAAAAUAAUCCUACCGGCUGGAGAAUGGGAAUUGACAUGCUAGCAUUAGGUACGCUAAUUUGAGUGCCAGUCUUCAAUAUGGAUAUGAAAAACAUGGAAUAAUGGCAGAGAACAUGCUGAAUGAAAUCUGAUAAAUCCAAUUCCCUAAUGUGCCUGCAUGAAGAGAAUAUAUCCAUUGAAUUUUCAUCCCUUCUUUCAUGACACAAGUUAUUUUUUCCCGGCUGAAAUCCGGCUUCGAAUAUCACUCACAAAGAAUAGAGGGAAAACCGUGUGUAAUUUCUGUUCAUUAGGUAGGAGGGAGAAUAUGAAAUUAAUUUCUGUGUCUUGACACAGUGUGGAAAUGGAAUAUUACAUGACUGUGUGACAAAACGUAAUUAAAUAUUCAGUCUCUUUGUAAUUAGCUGUUGGAUGGUCCUGUUGAAUGACAGUGUGGACCCAGGCAGAUACAAGGGGAGAUUGGCCCUGGCUCUCUCUGUCCCCUGCUUUCCCCCUCAUGGGAGACACUCACUUUCCUUCCUUAAAUUUGUCCACUUGAUUAAAAAGGAGUGAUUUCACUUCUGCUCCAGCCAGAAGAACAUUAUAAAAAUAUCCAGGGGAUUCAUAUAAAAGGAUUACAGGGAUCCCAUUACUUAAAUCCGCAGUUUGGUAAUAGGCUUUAGGAUUGUCUUGCACACUUCAUUAGGGCUAUGUGUGUGAGUGCCUUACGGAAGUACUGCACUUUGUGUGGUUCAACUCUCUGCCUGCCUGUCUGUCUGUCUAACUACCUGUCUGUCUCUGUCUCUAUGCACUGUAGAUCUCCCUGGUCACUGUGCCUCCCGUGGAGCCUGGUGGUCCAGUGGUCCGUAUCAUAGAGCUCUGCCCUUCCACCAUGACCUGCAUGCCAGACACCUGUGAGUCCAGCUGCACCCACCCACCCACCCACCCACUCACCCACCCACUGCCCGGGACAGGGGAUAAGGGGGAGGGGGGGAGUCGUAUUAGGCAGAGCCAUCUACAUAGAGGGCCGUUGUUUUAGUAAGGUAAUUCCAUGAUGCUUAGAGAAGGCAGUUGUUCUGGCGGACUAGGCGACAUCAGGGUUGUAAGGUAGACUAGAAUUAAUGGAGGAAAUGAGACCGAAAACCAAGAUUGAGGGAAGUGGGGUGAGUGAAUGAUAGUGUCUCUGAACGUUCCAUCUCCUGUGUGUGUAUAAGGCUUUGGGUCAAACUGCUGCUGCUUACUGGGUCACUGAAUCAGUCUCUCAGACAGCUGGAAAUAUGACCCGGUUUUCCCUUUGAAUUGUGGCUCCAGUGGCAACAAUGAUGAUGAUUCCAUCGUUAACUGUAGUGUUAUUUAUGAGUGUUAUUGUUUUUAGCAAUCCUGGUAUUAUUUCCCAGUCAGUCAUCAUACUUAGAUAGAUGAGCAAUGGAGACAGCCGCCCAGUGACCAUCUCCAUCUCUGUGGGGGGGAGGGGGGGUGAGAGAGAGGAGUGAUCAGUGGAAGUCCACUCCCUCAGUCUGGGAAUUGAGUCUGGAAUGAUGGAAUUGUGAAGUGGAGCCAUUGCUCCUACUGUGAGUGUACGAGAGAGGAUGGAGACGGAUAGCUGUAGCGCCCCUUAAGUAAUGUAGUUCUACCUGAGUGGAUCAGUUGCAAUCAUAAGAUGAUGAUGAGCUUGACAGGCCUGCGACACACACACACACACACGGUAAACCAUUAAUCUGCAUUGAAUGAUACUUGCAGAGUUUACAGUCUACAGAAUAUCCAUUUAUACUGAUGAAUAUGUACCAGACCAAUUUGAUCUGAGUGUCUUUCUCAAGGGCAACAUGGCUUCCUGGGAUUUGAACUAGCAACCCUAUGGGAACAAUGGUGUUUUGCCAUUUCAAAUGGAAUAUUGGCCACGAAAUGAGCUGUCUUAACAGUAAAGUCUGGUCUCCCUGGGUAAUUUAAAACUUAAAGACCUGAAGACAGCCGAUAUGCACCCGAUUCUACAUCUACCAGGUUAGUUUUCCACAGAAUGAGCUUCAAGUGUCUCAGUGGACAGCCCUGCUGUCUAUCCUCCCAACACUCCCGUUCCUCUUUGUUUGGGCCCUGAGCUGACAGAGAGUGGAGUGCCUCUAGAGUCCCAGUGUGAGUAGAGUGUCACAUAUGUCCUCUGAGCUGCAUCUCCAUGGACCCUCUGGCCAAUGAUUCACCUCUCAUCCCACUGGGGAGGCCUGUAUCCUCCAUCCACACUCUACCCCCCCCCCAGCCAGCAUGGCACAAUCAGGAGCUAUCUGGUUCCCAGUGCUGGAGUUGCUCCCUUCGAACCCCCAAACCUGUCAACCUGAGAGAGAGAACUAAAAGGAGAAGGAGCCCUACAGUUGUCUGAGCUCUUGGGACCCUACUCUCUGGAUCCCAGCACUGCCACCAAUACUCCCCUGCAGUAGUGGGGCUGAAUGCUUUGAAGAUGCAACCACCUCUGAGGUCCAACACCAUGCAUCCAAAGCCCAGCUCCUUCCAACCCCAUCCUCUCUGGGCACUUUUCAUGAAACAUUCCUUGCCAUGCUGUGGAGGAGAUGCUGAUAUGGCCUAGCUGUGCAGUGUGUUAAGAAACAGGUUGUUAGGGAACUGACUCCGGAGGGUAAUUAGACAAUGUUCCAUCUCUUUAGGGAAGGUCCCUCUCACAUGCUACAGGAUAGAUGGAAAAUGGGCUGAUGUGGACUUGGAGAACAACAUCUGCUAAUGAAGCAAACAAGGAUAUUCUACUUGGCUAAUAAUACUGGGUUGUAUGUGUGUUCUUCAUCUACCUCCCUAACACAGAUCUGGUCCACCUGACAUGUUCCUCCUCCUCUGGCACUGCCCAAGAAGACCUGGCUCCGGUGGUGUCCAGGCUCCUCUACACACCAGCUAGUCCUGGAGCGGAACCUAUGGAAGGUACACUAGAAAACUCUCACAUGACCCCUUUUUACUGUCAAAUAUCCAUCUAACCUCUCUCCUGAUUGAUUUACAUACCAUCACACAUCACUGUCACUACUCGAUACAAAAUAAUGUGCUCAAAUGUUCGAAGUACCUCAUGAUAUCCUUUCCUAAAGAAGAAAGAUCAGGCUAGUUUGUAGUUGGGUGAGAAUGCACUGACAUUUGUCGGGGUUGCAUGGAGACAUUAUCAGUAAUAACGAUGAUUGAUAUUGAUGGCUGCGUGCCAAACUGGCGUUAGGCUGUUGUCCCAUUGAUUCCCAUUACCUUCUGUCAGGCUCGGCUUGGUUCCUUGAUAGUAAAUUAGCACGACCUCGGCUGGAACCUCCUUAUUACACCAAAUUAUAGAAAUACUGUUUCAACAUGUCUCUCUAGAGAUGUUUUCUAGACCUAGCUAUAUCCUUGGGGUUCUUACUUAUCAUGAAGCUGCAUUGUGUUGGUCAACAUUAAUUCUUUCACGUCUGACAUUUCUUUUCUAGGUUUUGGACCAGUUUCAUUUCAUUUAACGUACAGAACAUGAGCAUGUAUCUUUUGAGCAUGGAUUAAAUUAAGUAUAUCAUUUUUUAUCUCGGCCUCUUUGGGUGCUUUGGGUGUGAGUAGGCUACCUUUGGAACUCUACAGAUAUUUAUUCUCUCACACACCGGCCACCAUUCAUUCUAGCCUGAGCGCAAACCCUCAUACUGGCUUUCUGCCUACAGAACAGAAUUGGGAAUCCAAUUAGGCACAGUAUUUCCUUAGCAAGGAUUUCAACAGAAAUAUAAUGUUUAAUUAGCUCCAGCAUCCCAUUUGGACUGCACUCACAAUUUAUGAGUCCAUCUCCUCACGGGGAACAAAUUUGCCUCUAGAACCCAUCACUUUUGCAUUAUAGAAUUUGUUUGCUAUUUUGGAUUUGAAACCCCUUAUAACUAUAUCUAAUAUAUUGGAGUAGUCAGUGUUUUUACUGAGGCAGGGAUCUUUUUGUCCGUGGUAGGUUAUGGCUUUUCUCAAACCUGGUGCAGGUCAGUAAAAAUGACAGCUCCAUUCUGACCGAAACCAACACAGAGAUCCACAAUCGCCUCUUGAAGCCAUUCGUUGUUUUAUUAGUGCUUCUCGACGGCUGUGAGACAAGGUCAUCAUGCAAGUGACGGGCGUGAUUGAGAACCCUUUUUUCCUUCUCUUUCUCUGACAUCCUCAUUCCCUUUUCCGCCACAUCUCUUUUCUGACUCAUCAUCACCUCUCUAGCUUUCAUAUCGCUUUCUCUCAAUGUCCCUCUGCUCCCCUUAAAAAAUAGAGAUAUUUCUCCCUUUCACCCCAUCUCUGUCUCUGUUCCUUCAUUUCACUUUCUCCCUGCCUGUGUGUGUACGUAUAUAUACGCGAGGCUCUCAGGUGGUAGGCCAGCGCUGUGCAGUGUGGGGCUGUGCUCUGUGACGCCACCCUUUUUAUCACAGGAAUGAGGUAGUAGUAUUUUAAUUAAAAUGUCAGAACAAAUACUGUGAGAGUUAUUGAGGAUGAAUCACUAGAUAAGGAGAGCAGUGGGCCAGAACAGGUCAAAGAGACAAAGUCACCUGGCUGGCUGGUUGCCGGCUUCUCAUUCAUCCACUGGGUAGGAGGUGUGGUGGUGGGGGGGGGGGGGGGGGGAUUGGAGAGGGACAAGGAGGGGAGGGGUGCUCAGCAGAGGCUCUGGGGGUGGAGAGGGCAGAAGGUUAGAGGUAGGGCUGGAGCAGUCGGGGGCAGGUGCACAUCUAUGAGCAAGAUGAGGACAGGAUGGAGUAUCCUGGCUCCUACUCUAGAUGAUCCUACUCUAGCCGCUUCAUUUGAAAAUGACAGUUUGAACCAAUGCAGCGUUGUGAAAUCCUGUGUUUUUAAGAAUGAAUGCAUGCUAGAAGAGACUGUGUGUUGAUGUGUGGUGGCAGGCCGCCCAGGCAGAGAGCCACUGUGUGUUAGAGGUGGCUGAUAUUUGAGGGUGUUAAGCUCCAGGCGUGUAGAAGGCCCCGUCAGGAGCACAGCUCUAUGCUAAUCUGACAUUUCUCACAUCUGUCUGUGACGGGGCUGCGCGUUUGUGUGUGUGUGUGGAAAAACUAGACAAUGAUGUCUAAUAAGGCGUCGUUGUUGUUUGUGUUGGGUGUGUAUUUGGUGAGGUGUGUGUAGGUGUAUGGAGAAGAUGCAUGGGCGGACAGGGGUGUAUUUUGAGGUUGGGUGGCCUUUUGAAACGACGUCACGUUGAUGGUGCCACACCUCUGCUGAUCUCCAAAUUAACUAAAUCACUCCGCUACCCAAGGCAGGAAAAGUAACACAUAUUAUAAUUGUGUGACAUUUUGGUAAUGACCACACUGACAUUUCAGACUGACACCUUUUUCUCUCUCUUUCUUUGGGUACCUUUUUUGGUCCCUUGCAUUUUAAAGGGUAAUGAUACAGAAUGACGGUUUUACGCUUUGAAAACCCGGAGCCUUCUCGCAGCUCCAAAUCAUCCUCUCUCGUUUUGUUUGACCGCUUUAAGUCUCACUCACGGACCGAUCAAAGAGUGUCAAGAAACACUUUCCAUGUGCCUUGUCGGCAAACCAAAUGUCACCCCAUUAACAGAAAUCAUGCUUCCUCACAGAUAAGCUGUGUUGAAAGGAGCCUGUUAAGUUCCUUUCUCUUCUCACACACUGAAUAAAAUAUUCCUACAAGACUAAAUUGCACAAUUAUGGCUGAGUAUUUCUACACGAAAAUAUGAAUUGCAUUAAUGAUUCAAUUGUUUGGUAGCUUACUGUUACUAAUACCCUGUUAUCUCGUACUCCAGGAUUUUGUUUCAAUGGCAGACAUGAGCUGCAUCCGUAUAGCAGUAAUAUAUAAUAUUUUCCGAAACAUUUCAACUCUAUCAAAUGAUUCCUCCAUUGAUCUUCAAUGCGACUUAUUUUGGAUCAGCUAGAGAUAAAGUGUCUCAUUUGGGCUUUACGUUCUGAUGUUUACGUUUACGGCAUUUAGCAGACGCUCUUAUCCAGAGCGACUUACAAAUUCUUCAUAUUAAAUGUAACUUAAAUAAUAAUAAAAAAGUGCCUAACUAGCUAGUUUGAUGAUUUCUGAAAUAUGAAAUCAAAAGAGCAAUAUACUGCCUUCAAAUGCUACUCAAAAGUGGGAAAUACGAGGUUCCGACUGGGAAAUAAGCACUUGAACGACCCUCCCAAGUCGGAGACAGAGAAGAUACCCAAUUUUAGAGUUGUGAUGUUUCAUCACUGACCUUUCAUCUUUUCAACCAUAAGAUGAUAAAGCAAAUAAAUGUUUCACGCUGUCAAACUUAUCAAUGUGGAUAAUAGCUAGUUUGACCAUAUUGUCAAAGUUAAGCAAGCUAGCCAACUUUAUCAUUAGCAAUGUUAGCUAGCUCAUCUUGCUAGAUGAAAUCUCAUUGGUUGAAGAAUUGCUCUGACUUCUAAAACAGGACUUACGACUUCAUAACUGGGAAAUGUCCUGGUCCUGACAAGCAUCUGAAGGGAGCAAUAUUCCAUGGGACUUGGGACAGGUUGGUUCAGGUCAAGAAGGGGGUAGUGUGAGCCACAUUGCUCUUCCAUUGUCACAGACAAAACUAAAUGAGAAAUCAUGAUGUCCAUGCACGGCUCUCCAUAGAAAUCAGAACAGUACAUUACAUUCAUGACGUGCGUCCCUCCCCAUCCAGGAGAGGAGGAGAGCAGGGGGCCGACGGUGCUGUGGGCCCUGUACUUCAACAUGAGGGACACCUCUGCUGUGGACAGGAGCAGCUAUGACCUGCCCAGUAACGUGCAUGUGUGUACCAGCCCUGAUACCGCCCUGGGCAGUGACCACUCAAUCAAACUGGUAAGUGGCAAAGUCCCGGAGAUAUAUAUUUUUUUAUAGUCACGCUAAACUCGUAAGAAUUGCGCUCUUUAACGUUUAUAUAAUUCUUAAAAUCGAACAAAUAAUUGGCUAAAGAUGACUUGCGUCACUAGCCUGGAAGUGGAAUGUCUAAUGAGGCUGAUGGUGUAGAUUGAGUUAUCCUCACCCCUCUCUGUGUGUGUUCGUGUUGUCUCUUGUCUCUCUCCAGGCCGAGGCAGUGUUUCGCCAGAUUCUCCCUGACGAGGAGUUCUGUCCCCCGGCCCCCAACCCUGAGGACAUCAUCUACGAUGGGGACGGGCCCCAGGGGGAGGGCCCGGGCUUUGAGGAGGCUGCCCCAGCAGAGGGUGCUGGUGCCCAAGGAGGAGAGAGCGCUGAGAGACAGGAGGGAAAGGAAGCAGUGGAAGAAACAGAGGGGACGGGAGACGCAGUGACACCGGGGGCUGGGGAUGAGCCAAGCCCCACCAGUGAGGAAUAACCCCACGCACCCUUCCGUGUACAGACAGACUGCUGCCAUCUGUCUCAGAGUCCUGGCAUGUACAGCAGUCAGUCAGCACUCCUCUGAAGGCCUCAUGGCUGGACUCUGUGGUCUUGGUGACCAGAUAGCGUUCCCAUCCCCAGAAAGCCUUAGAGGAUCAUCUCCACCAUCUUUGAUGUGGUCACCUGCAGAGACAUUAUAUAUAUAUAUUUACAGUAUUUACAUUGACAUGCCCAGUAUAUUAAUGGAGCCAUUACUUUACUGGGCACUAUAUAGCAGCCUACUCACUGUAUCUUUCCUCUCACCUGGUGUAAAGGUUCUUCAGAGUGGGGGAAUGCUGUUUCAGGUCUGGUUUGGGGAUAUGAUUGGAUUUAAUGGGUUAACCCCAUUUUCUUGAUUAUUUAUAUUUGUCCCAUUUUUUUUCCCAUCUGCUGCUAAUGAAAUAUUUUGCAGCAGCCUGUUCUUUCUAAAAGCCAUUCCAUUGUGAUGAAUGUGUGUUUUUAAUCAGGGUCUCUGGUGUAAGAGCCCAAAGAAAUGGUUGCCUUUUUGCACUCAUGGAUGUUUGUUUAGUUAGUUUUGCUCAGCCAGAGUGCCUGAUGCUGUUUUGUUUCCCACCUCUUGUGUGUGUCUGGAAUGGUUUUCUGGGUGUUUAAGGCCUACAGUACUUGCUUACAGGAAAUAUGAGAAACCUCAUCCUCAAUAAGAACCCCUCACAAAAACACUGGGAGGGAUAGCCUCGCAACUCAACUUGCAUGUUUUCACACACUCUGCUGUGCCAUCAAAUUGUCCUCUACCCCAUGGUCUGUUUAAUGUGCUUAAAUAUUUAAACUCCAUUCUCUCAUUAUUGUUGCUGUCACUAUCAUUUUAAAAGGUUGACAACAUUAAAGUGCUACUGAAAAACUG